AGAGAGAAACACUCACACACCAGCACACGGCGACCUCAUCGGCUCAUCCUCCUCGAUUCCGGCGGCCGACUCAAAUCCGAAUCGCCCCAAGAGAGAGAGAAUGGCGGCGGCGGCGCUCCGACCGGCGAUCCUCCGCCGCAUCCGCCUCUCCCCCUCCCCUGCGGCGGCUGCGGGGGCCGCGGCGGCGUCCCAGCCCCACGCCCUGGCGCGGUGGCUCGCGCGGCCCAUGUCCUCCCACGACGCCCACCUCACCCGCGACGAGGUCGUCGACCGCCUCCUCGACGUCCUCAAGUGCCACCCCAAGGUUGACCCCUCCAAGGUGAGUCCCGAGGCGCACUUCGAGAAGGAUCUGGGGCUGGACAGCCUGGACACGGUGGAGGUGGUGAUGGCGAUCGAGGAGGAGUUCAAGCUCGAGAUCCCCGACCAGGAGGCCGACAAGAUCGACUCCCUCCCGCUCGCCAUCGAGUACGUCGCCAACCACCCCAUGGCCGCCUGACCUCACCGAUCCGUCGUGCCGUGGUGAGGCUUUUCUUGAUUUACUAUUUUUGUUCUGCGGGGGAUGAAUAAUUUUGCUGGAGUGGUUCAGGAAAACUUGUCCCUGGUACUCUAGAUUAUGUGUUAUGUUGCCAUCGAUGUCGAUCUCUAAUGUAACAUCCACAAUUUCGGUUUUGUGACAAUAUGAUGCUAGAUUCUUGCUCUUUUGCUCAAUUGUUCAUCAUGUCGGAUGUGCCGUUGUUGUUAAAUAGUUUUGGGAUGUGCUGUUGUUGAUGAACUAGUUUUGUGGUGCACAAACUUGCUCCAGUUUGUUGCAAGAUCUGUAUGUGCAAAUUUCAUUCUUUAA